UUCUAUACUGUACUUGUAAUAAAAGACAGAGUUGUCCCUGUCUAAGAUGGGGUCCAUAUAUUUAGUCGUUAACUCUAUAAUGGGGCACAAUUUGGAGGAAGUUAUAAUGUGAUGGAGUUGGAUGUUUGGCAUCUGGACAACGUCCCCAACUUCCCAAAAACCCACUUUUCCCUAUAAAUAAAGCCCACUCAUUCUUCUAAUUUCCCUCUCCUUUUCUAUUCUCUCUUUCUCUCUCUCAAUAUUUUCUCUUUGUUCUGCCAUUUCUUUUCCAUUUUCUUGCUCAUUUUCUCGAUUCCCAAGCAAUCGAAGCAAUAUCUUGAGCCAUUCAUUUAAAGGGCCAUUAUUCUCACCUGCUACAAACUGUCUUCUUUACAAAAUCCAAGUACCCAAAUUAAGCUUCUGAGAUCAACGACCUUACCCCUUGACACGCAUUACUCCACCAAUUUUGAUAAUCUCAAAAUUAAGUAAAAUUCAGUGAAGCAGGAAAUGGGACUGCAGAAACCACCUUCGAAUAAGCAAAAGACCCAACAACCCAACACAAACCCUAAGAACGAUGAGAACGAUGGUGUCGAUUGCUUCGUUGCGUCAAAUCACAAUAUCACACCCAUUAUCACCACACCCAUUUCCUCAGCUGAUUCAUUGACCUAUAAUUCAUGGCUGCUAAAUCACCCAUCUGCACUGGAAUCAUUUGAUCGGAUGAUGAAAUUGGCUAAGGGUAAGAGAAUCGUGGUGUUCUUAGACUACGAUGGAACCCUCUCUCCCAUUGUGGACGAGCCAGAUCGUGCUUUUAUGUCUGAUGAGAUGCGUACGGCAGUACGUGAAGUUGCAAAAUAUUUUCCGACUGCAAUAAUCAGUGGAAGAAGCAGAGAUAAGGUUAAGGAAUUCGUGCAGUUGAGUAAUAUUUAUUAUGCUGGGAGUCAUGGAAUGGACAUUAUGGCUCCAGCAAAGCCACUUAAGUCUAGUGAUGCCAAUAAUUCCAUGGACAACAAGGGCAAUGAUGUUCCCUUUCAACCUGCAGAAAAAUACCUGCCCCAAAUUCGAGAGAUAUUGAAACUGCUGGAAGAACAAACUAAGACCAUUAUAGGUUCUACGGUAGAAGACAACAGGUUUUGUAUAUCUGUUCAUUAUCGGAGGGUCCGGGACGAGGAUUUUGGCAAAUUAAACGAGAUAGUUGAAUCCUUGCUUAAAAAAUACCCUGACUUUCACCUAACUAAUGGUAAAAAGGUUAUGGAAAUACGACCUUCUAUUAAGUGGAACAAAGGCAAUGCACUUGUCUAUUUACUUGGCACCUUAGGCUUCAGCAAUUCUAGUGAAGUCCUUCCCUUGUACAUUGGCGAUGAUCGUACUGACGAAGACGCAUUCCAGGUGAUUCGGGAUAGAGGACAAGGGUUUCCAAUAAUUGUGUCGUCCACUCCAAAGGAAACCAAAGCUUUGAACUCCUUGCAUGACCCUUCCGAAGUCUUGGCUUUUUUGUCACGCCUUGCAAGGUGGAGAAAGGGCUCUUCUGCAAAGUAGGGCCAACUUAUUAUUAUAUUCUCAAAUAUGGGCUCUGAGCUCCCAUCGGUAUUUUCAAUCAUGAUCAAGAUUUAGAGGGAGACAGAGCUAAUUUACAUGUUUAGGGUUAUGUAGAUCAUAAGUUGGUUUAAGAAAACACAGUCAUGAGAUGAUGAUAAUGAGCUUAAGAAAAAGUAUAAUACACAGUAUACUAGUAGUUUUAAUUAUGCGAAGAGAGAGAUUUUGGUCAUUUGGUCAUGAUCACCACAUGCAACUAGCUAGUCGUACUACUUUAUUGUGGAACAUAUAUAGUUUCUUUAUUUAUAGGUUUAUUGUUAUGUACCGAAACUACAGCCAUUCGACUUGCAAUGGUGUGCUUUUUUAAUCACCAAAACACAAGUUGUUUAUGGUUUUCUCGGAUAUAUUAUAAUUUCUUUAAAGUUUUACAUUUCGUUAUAA